GUCGCUUUUCCAGUUUGUGUUGUCAGUUCAUUGAAAGAGUUGCAAUCUCUCUACUCUGUAGGCGCAGACCAGCUAGGGAUAACUGCAUUGUAGUUUUUCAUCAUCGUGCUCGUUGCCUUUUGAGUUUUGUAGCAAUUUCAAGUGGAGAUAUUCUGUUGCUGUUGUCACACCCAACAUAGUAGAAGAGAAGCCGUGUGGAGAGAGGAAGAGAUUUCCUAUGAGUAAGAAUACACGUGGAGCAAAUAAUUAGCUGCUGAAGUCAGCGCUGAUUUUCUCUGAGUCGGGCGCGAGCACGUGGUGAUCUGGACGGAUAGGUGUGAGAUAGAAAGGCUGGAAUUCGUCAAGACGAGUAGAACCUCAGCCUAGGGCCACAGUACAGUGCAGGAGCAGCAAGCUGGGAUCAAAGCGUGGCUGUUCUAGCUGGCGGCAGAGUGGCAGGGUGAGAAAUUUGAAAAAAGGACGGCGGCUUCUAGGUCUCCAGCGAUGGCCGGGGUUCGGUUAAAAGCAACGCCACUGCGGCGGAGUAGCUGGCAGUCUUGUCUCUGUGUGUUGUUUAGUUUAUAUUACCAUGCAUUAGCAUUGUCAGUCACGAUAUCUAACGCCAUGGUGGCCGGCACUGAUAUCAGCUUAUACCCAGCCGUGUGCUCCGGUCCUGUAUGGCGACAGGCACUCACGACUGAUGCGUACCUGCCAAUCAUACAGGCAGGGUGGAACUUCAACCUGGCACUGCACGUAUGUAACAGCUUGGGCUACGGGCCGCCGGACGAGAACGAGCUGACCAUUCGCACCAGCCGGCGCUACAUUACGCGCAGCAGUGACACGGUCACAUUGGCCGGUGUGCACUACACGGCGCGGCGUCAUUUCCAGAUGAGCUGCGCCAACCUCAGCCAGCCGUGCACUGCGCCCACGUACACUAAGCUAAAGAGCACCCUCACCGGCACGGAAUACCAGGUCAAGUUGAGGUGCAAUGCCAAGCCGUUGCCUGUUCGCAUCGUUUCCAACAACGGCGCAGCCAACACCAGCUACGGUCUGGUGCAGCUCUACCAGAGAGACAAGUUCCGCGUCGUGUGCGGCGAGGGCUUCGGCCCGCUCGAGGCCGCGGUCACGUGCCGAGGGCUCGGCUACGAUUAUGGCGAAGUGUACAGCGACUCGCUCGCCACGGGAGCGACGUACAACAUCACGGAGAGGCUGUCGACGACGGCAAACUUCCGGGAGCACGGCCCGGCGGCGGCGUUUGAGUGCGACGGCAGCGAGGCCAGUCUGAGCAUGUGUAGCCAUGCCAACGCUCGCGGCUGGGAGCUUGUGCGCUGUGGCACGCUGGCUGCCGUCAUCUGCUCCAUGUCAGCUGGUACCUCUCCGUCCACUGGUGCCGCAUCCACCGUUGCCGCGGUGACAUCGGAGUCGUCCACUGGUGCCGCUGCGCUUCCCGAAUUCUCCUUGAAGCCGGCCAUCACCGAAGGAGGUCUGUGGAAGGAUGUACAGGGGACUAUGUACCCGAUUGUUGCUACCGCGUGGGACUUCAACAAGGCACUGUACGCGUGCAAGACUCAGAACCUGGGGCCGCCGACAAACGUCUUCUCGGUCGGUUUCCCCGACAUCAACGGCCUCGGUCCGAACGUCACACUGCACGGUGUGCCCUACUCCAGCUGGCAGGGGGUGGAGUGGGUCUGCGAGAGCGGAGGAGCGUGUCGCAGCCCUAGCACGCACGUCAUCAGCAGCCCUGCCAGCCUGAAACAGGCCAGACUCACAUGUUACAACACGCCACUGCAGGCACGUAUUGUGACUGCGAGCGGUGAUAGCCAUCGCCACUACGGCAUUGUUCAGCUUCAGCGUGACAACACGUUCCAGCCGGUCUGCGGCCACGGCUGGGGUGCCACACAGGCCACUGUGGUGUGCCGAGAGCUCGGCUACGUCGGCGGGUUGCCCCUGACGACCGCCACCGCGUCGGCAUUCAACCUGUCCGAUCUGCCGUCGCCGACGCCCUUGUUCCCGCAGUACGGCCUCGUGCGCGGCUUGGAGUGCGACGGCACAGAAACGCGUCUGUCCAUGUGCGCUCACGCGGCCGCUGGCAUGUGGGAGGCCGGCGUGCUGUGCAAUACCGUGGCCGCAGUCGUCUGUGACACCACUGGCAAAUCAACUGGCGAUCAUCUUGCAGUAACAGUUGGCGGUGGCAUUAAAGUCACUGCAACAUCAUCAGUAACUUCUGAAGAGCAGACAUUGGCCACGUCCCAGUCACCCACACACACACAACUAUCCACGGGACCGUCAACGGAACCGUCAACGGAACCGUCCACGGAAUCAGCAGCAGAACCCUCCGUAGAAUCCUCCAAGGAACCCACCACGGAGCCACCGUCCACAGAGGACGGGGACCACAGAUCAUCGGGCAGCAACAGCGACGCCAGCACCAACACCAUCUACCUGGCUGUGAUCAUAGCCCUGGGCGGUGUGCUGCUCUUCGUCCUCUUCAUCGUCCUCAUCUGCGUCAUGCACCACCGCCGGCGGCAACGACAACAGCACAAGAAGGAGAGAGAGGACGACGAGGACAAGUCCAAGUCGCGCACCGUCUCCUCCCACACCAUCACCACGCUAGCCACUAGCUUCCAGGCUGGCCACCUGCGGGACAUGCGCUCGCGCCCCGUGCCGGAAAGUCCGCUGUCGUCGACGUCCGGGACCGAGGGCACCACGUUCCGCCACGGUGGCGGUCACGCCGCGCUGAACAAGUCCGCCUCCGGCGACCUUGUCAUGCACGCCGCGCUGAACAAGUCCGUCUCCGGCGACUUUGUCAUGGACGGUGCAGAGUGUGACUACAGUUCUCGCUACACGGCCGGCCCGGUGCGUGUGGCGCUCGGCCUCACGGCCGGUGGCGAUCGCGGAGACCCGGACCACACCUACUUCUCAAUUCCCACAAGUAAGCUGGGCAGCCCGGACGAUGAUGAUGAUAAUGAUGAUGAUGGUGAUGUGGUGCGUGAGCACUGCGUGUGAGAGGUCUGCGUGCGAUUGCGAGAGUGUGUAUACAGUGUGUGCCUGUGUGUUUGUGUGUGCGUGCAUGCGUGUGUGUGUGUGUGUGUGUGUGUGUGUGUGUGUGUGUGUGGAGAGAGAGAGAGAGAGAGAGAGAGAGAGAGAGAGAGAGAGAGAGAGAGAGAGAGAGAGAGAGAGAGAGAGACUAAUGCCAUGCUAGGUGUAGUAGAAUAUGUCAGCUUCACUGCGGAAUAUUAUCCUGAUGUCCCUAAAUGUACGAGAGAACACAGUCAUACUACUAUCAGGCUCCAAACUGUACACGUGCGCUUAACAUGGAGCGCUAAGCGCCACACAGGCGUGCUUUCUUCACCUCAUCCAGCUGCCGUAUUCACAUGCAGUGCCCCGCUCGCAUUGGAGUGGAUUUCUCUGUUACCGCGUCACUUCUUUCACCAUGCAACUGGUGAGAGGAAGCCUGUGUGCAUAACUUUCUAAUCCGACCACUUGAAAUCCAUCGUAUUGGACUCGUCUCUUCAUCGAACAGCAGCCGAAUUCUGCCGUCAAUCGUUAGUCGAAGAAAUAUUUUAAUGCUCGUGACCAGAGUGCACGCAUACCCCUUGCCAAGCCACCAGCGACAAGCAAAGGAAUCUGUUUGGCCGAUGUGCCGAACGAAUGCUGUGGACCGCGCGGUCCGGCUACUCGCGAACGUGUGCUCUGGCCAGUUGCUCACUGGGUCUGUCCUUUCAAUUUGUUACGUGUAGUCUGUGCACUGUAUGUAUUCCGACAGACAAAAAGAUGUGUACGAUAUCACACCUAUCCAGUGGUAAUAUUAUUUAUUCCGUGAUAUGCUCCUCGAGUCAAUACCAAGAAUGGUGUUUGCCAGAGAGUGUUUUCCUCAGGUCGAAAAGUCAUCAGCCAUGCCUCUUGCGCAAUCCACUGCCAUAUACGCCACGCCUUGCACUCUGCAUCUAUUAUCUUGUCACAAGUUGCCAUAUAUGCCCUGCCUUCCACUCUGCAUCUAACAUCUUGUCACAUGCAGGCAGCCAUUUCCCGGCACCUCCUGUUUGCUCGUAUUUUUUAAUUUUAUUUUUUACGAGAAACACAGUAGGUCUCCUAGCCAGGCCCAAAACAGCUAACGGUCCGGAGACCGGGCAGCUCCGGCAUAUAAGGCCUCCGUUCUAUCGCAAUACAUUCCCACGGCCUGGAACACUGGGGGUUUCCCCCUGUUAAACAGCCUUUCUAUACUGUCCAGUCGGCUUCGAACAAGACUGCCUAUGCCAUUCCACUAGACUAGGUCUCUCGUGUCUUCAGCAAUGUUUCCUAUCCGUCCGUUUGUGCACUCAUGCCGCGGGGACUCGUAUAUUCCGCUCUCGUUGCUAUAUUUUUUACUCCAUUUUAGUGCGGCUCUAUCAAGGAACUUAUGCUGCUUUGAAAAAAGAUUAUUUCCCUGUUCAUGGUGCUAGAGUUCUAUUCUUUCAUGUCUAUUGUUAGUAUUUUAGAUAGCGAUGCCAGCAAGGCUUGCUUUAGGGUAGAUUGCACGCACUCUCCGAUUACUGAUAGACCAUAGGAUUUUAGGUGUGGUGCAUCCGUGUUCAACUUCAGCUCAUGGCCCCGUCUCUCCUUUUUUUUGGAGAAGAAGAACGGUGUGUCUUGUCUAUAGGAGCAGGACAACUUCAAGUCUGACUGACGCAUUUCUUGUUGCUCUUGUUGUGUGUUCCCCCUGUA